AUGAAUAAGGACUCCAGCAAACACGACAGUGAUGUCGACGAGUCCCAAACCGUAACAUCUACGACUUCUCCAUCCAUGGAGGAAGGAACACCUGAUGCCAAGCCACCAUCCAAGAAGACAACAAAUGGUGGCCAGAACGCUGAAAACGUUCUUCCAGAGGAGAAUCAAACCUCCACUCACAAACCCAAAGGUUUGGACACCAAUACUCUUGAAUGCAGCACAGCAGCAACGGAAUCCAAUGCUAUAAAUAACCCAACCGAUCUCACUACUCCCAAUGGUGGGAUACAGAAUCACUCAUUUGAGGAUUUUGCCGCAGGAGGAAUAGAGCCGCUACCCUUUCUGCCGACGUCGUUACGCCGAGGAGCAAACCACCAACCGAAUGCUCGUCCUGGAGCCUACAUUGGAGCAUCCGAACAGCGAACCACUAAUCUUGAUUUUAGUCUGGCAAGUUGUCAGUAA